AUGGAAAUACCUGCGGCCGAUAUAACUUGGUGUUACGAGCAUGGAAUUGGCGUUAAAAAAGACCUCUUCAAAGCAUUCGAUUGUUACGAAAUUGCCGCUCACGGGGAAAACCCAGAAGCUCAAUGCAUGGCAGGCUAUUGUUACGAUCUCGGCAUCGGCACUUUAAUAAACAAAACAAAAGCGCUUGAAUGGUAUGAACAAUCCGCCAUGAAUGGUGAAUUAAUUGGCCAAUACAACUUUGCAAACUUUUGUUUUAGUGGUACCGCCACCGGACGAGAUCGCAACAAAGCAUUCUACUGGUAUUCUAAAUCAGGUUACGCCGGCUACGACUACUCCCAGUAUCGAUUAGGAUAUGCGUAUCAACUGGGUGCUGGUGCUAAUAAAGAUAUGCAUGAAGCUAUUCGAUGGUAUCAUAAAGCUUAUGUACAAAAUAACCCACCGGCUUUGAAAAAGAUACCCGUGGUGUUUGGUGCUUCGGCCGACGAUGAUUAUUGA